GUUUUCAACUUUAUGUUGACAGGUAAUCCAUUUAUAUAAACGUACACAGUUAAAAAAACGUAUUAGAAAAAAAGAUUGUUACAAAGUGGAAUAAAACUUUUGGUCGUUUCCAUUCCCAGAGUGAUCAAAUAAUAAUCAAUAAUUGUAAAAUUUAUUCUCUAAAUGAAUAUUCUUCGAAGGACAAUGAGUUUUCCGGAAAAACAGGAUGGCAUAACUAAAGAUGAGUGGAUCGCUAAACUCGAAGAAGGAUCCCACACGCAGAGAGUAUCUAUGAAUAAUUUGAUUAUGAAUUAUCUUGUAACCGAGGGAUUUAAAGAAGCGGCUGAAAAAUUUCAACAAGAAUCCGGAGUUGGUCCAACAAUAGAAUUAAGUUCAUUGGAUGAUAGAAUUCGUAUCAGAGAUGCAAUACAAAAUGGUCGUAUUCAAGAAGCUACAGAUUUGGUCAAUCAAUUACAUCCUGAAUUACUCGACAAUGAUAGAUAUCUUUAUUUUCACCUACAACAAUUACAUCUCAUUGAAUUAAUUCGUACUGGCAGAAUCGAAGAGGCAUUACAAUUUGCUCAAGAUCAGCUCAGUGAAGCUGGAGAAUCGGAUGAUAAUAUUUUGUGUGAAUUGGAACGUACUUUAGCCUUAUUGGCUUUCGACGAACCACAUAAAAGUCCUUUUAGUGAUCUUCUUCAUCCCACGCAUCGACAAAAGAUCGCCAGUGAAUUAAACGCUGCUAUAUUGAAAAUGGAACACAGUGAAUCAACUAGUCCUAGAUUAAAUAAUUUGUUAAAAAUGAUCUUAUGGGCACAGGAUGAAUUGGAUAAGAAAAAAGUUAAAUAUCCUAAAAUGACCGACUUAGGUAGUGCGACUAUUGACAGUCCAAAAUAAUACUAAUUAAUUCAAAAAUAG